AUGCUAUCUUACUCGACGGUGGUUGACCCUGUCACUUACGAGACUGAAGGUCUUUGUGACGGCAUCGAGGUCCGUAUCAGCUCGUUCACUGACCUGGAGGACCGUGGCGCAAUUCGUGCCCAUCAUGACUGGAACAAAUACGUCGAGCCAUGUCGCGAAUACCGCGGUACUCUUGGUCCAAAGUAUAGUUUUAUGUCCUUGACUGUACCCGAGUGUCUCCCCGACAGGCUUGAGGUCAUAUCGUAUGCCAAUGAGUUCGCUUUCCUACAUGACGAUGUUACGGACCAGGUUGAUUUUGAAAGGGGCGAGGUUGAGAACAACGAGAUGAUGAAUGCGUUCCUCGAGGCCGCCCAUACCGGCUCCAUUGAUUCUUCGGCCUCAGAAGCAGCACGGGCGGGAAAGAAAAGGAUCCAGUCGCAGUUGUUUCUUGAGAUGCUAUCCAUCGACCCCGAGUGCGCCAAAACCACAAUGAAAGCCUGGGCACGCUUUGUAGAAGUGGGCUCGAGCCGAAAGCAUGAAACUCGCUUUCAAACGCUUGACGAAUACCUUCCUUACCGCAUCAUGGACGUCGGGGAGAUGUUUUGGUACGGCGUGGUGACCUUUGGCCUGAGUCUCCGCAUUCCCGACCACGAAAUGGACCUUUGCCGAAAGCUUAUGGCGCCAGCGUGGAUUGCCGUCGGUCUCCAGAACGAUCUCUGGUCGUGGCCAAAGGAAAGAGACGCUGCAGAGAAGCAAGGCAAGGACCACGUCAUCAACGCCAUCUGGGUCUUGAUGCACGAGCACAAGACCAACCUCGAAGGUGCCGAGCAGAUCUGCCGCCGGCUUAUCAAAGAAAACGUGGCGAAGUACUUGCAGAUCGUCAAAGAGUGCAGGGAUGAUGCUUCACUCUCCGAGGACCUUCGGAAGUACAUUGAGGCGAUGAAAUACAGCAUCUCUGGAAAUGUUGUAUGGAGUCUCACUUGCCCGAGAUACAAUCCCCAGGUUCCUUUCAACGAACGCCAGCUCCGAUGGAUGCAUGAAGGUGUACCGGAGCUGGAGACCUCAUGUUCUUCGCCAGAAGCCGAGUCGGUUUCUUCGAGCUCACCAGUCUUCUCGGAAACUCACAGCAAGGAUGGGGCAGACUUAGGGGAUAAAGUCAUCUUGGAGAGGAUUUCUUCGCAAAGCUCUUUCUCCACGCCGCCAGAGAUGGAUGACAACGAGUACCAGGUCAAAGUCGGGCCUCAAUUGGCUUACGAGAAAGAAAUUCUGGAAGCACCCUACAAGUACAUUGCUUCACUUCCCUCGAAGGGAGUGAGGGAUCGCUUCAUUGACGCACUCAACAAUUGGCUGCGAGUCCCUCAUGACACUUUGGAGAAGAUCCUAGUUGUGACACGCCUCCUCCAUAAUGCGUCGCUCAUCAUGGACGAUUUCCAAGACGACUCGCCUUUGCGACGGGGUAAAGUCGCAGCGCACACCAUUUUUGGACCAGCGCAGGCGAUCAAUGCAUCCACUUACACCAUCGUCAAAGCCAUCAACCAGGUGGCGGAAUUUAGAAGCCAAUCCUGCGUCCACGAAACGACAGCCUGCAAAUCAGAGAAAAUCAUGGCUCUAUUCCAGGGCCAGGCUAUGGAUCUUUUCUGGACCUAUAACAGUCGGUGCCCGACAAUGAAUGAGUACUACCGUAUGGUUGAUAAUAAAACCGGUCAGCUGUUUUCUAUCGUCACGAGGCUUAUGCUGGACAAUCAUGAAUGCAUCUCCACGAAGACUUCCGCAGCUCUCGACAAAUUCACAACCCUACUUGGACGCUAUUUCCAAGUGCGCGACGACUAUCAGAACUUGGCUUCUGCGGACUACACCAAGCAAAAAGGCUUUUGCGAAGACCUCGACGAGGGAAAAUACUCUGUCCCUUUGAUAUACACUCUGCAGACGCAACCUGACAACAUACAGCUCAUCAGCUUGCUCUCUACUGGGAAGAAAACAGGGACAUUAACCAGGGAGCAGAAGGAAUGCAUUCUCGAGAUUCUUGAAAAGUCUGGAGGCUUGGCGUACACUCGCGUGGUUCUUCUUAGACUGCACGAUCAAGCCUCAGCUGCUCUGAAAAAACUCGAGUUGUCUUUUGGAAGCUCGAAUCCUGAGAUGAAGGUCUUACUGGAACUUCUGCGCAUCUAA